CAAAACCCCUUUUGUUUCGGUCGUCUUCAGCAGAGGGAGGUGAGAGCGCUUGAAAAUGGUCCAGCGUCUCACAUACCGCAAACGGCAUAGCUAUGCCACCAAAUCUAACCAGCACAGGGUCGUCAAAACCCCUGGAGGAAAGUUGGUGUAUCAGAGCACCAAGAAGAGGGCCAAUGGUCCCAAGUGCCCAGUUACUGGGAAGAGAAUCCAAGGGAUUCCUCACCUGAGACCCGCUGAAUACAAGAGGUCUAGAUUGCCAAGGAACCGUAGGACUGUGAACCGGGCCUAUGGAGGUGUUUUGUCGGGUGGUGCUGUCAGGGAGAGGAUAAUUCGAGCUUUCUUGGUGGAGGAGCAAAAGAUUGUGAAAAAGGUGUUGAAGAUCCAGAAGGCAAAGGAAAAGCAAGCCUCAAAGAGUUGAAAAAUGAGAGAGUGAUUAAGCGAAAAGGUUUUGAGUUUUAUUAUGCUUGAGUGAAAUUUUGGCUUAGUUGGUGGUGGUGGCGAAAGGUGGAAAAUACCAUAAUGAGGUCUGUCUCUGAAUUUGAAAGACAUCUUAGUUUGUUUUGAGAAUGAUUAUUAGGUUUCCCUAUUUGUUCACUUCAAUGACAAUUUGACUUGGAAUGUAUGGUUUUAUGAUAUAUUAUGCUUUGACUGCCCUUUAAUCUUUA